CCGAGAGCUGGUAUGAUGGACACUGACAGGUGGCACUGCUGGGGCUACAUUGAUCAUCAGCGUACACUGAUCAUCAGUGCCCUGAUGAUCAGUAACCAGCAGUUGUCAGAGCAGGGACCGGCACCGAUCAUUAGGGCAAUGAUGAUCAGUGCCCUGAUGUUCGGUACCUAGCAGUGCCACCCACCAGUUCCUGCCCACCUGUGCCCAGCAGUGCACCCACCUGUUCCCAGCAGUGUAUCCACCUGUGCCCAGCAGUGCCACCCAGCAGUGCCACCUACCUGUGCCCAGCAGUGCCACCCACCUGUGCCCACCCACCUGUGCCCACCAGUGCCACCCACCAGUGCCCAUCA